GAUUGAAAGAUGGGGAACGUAUGAUACACAUUACAUUUAUUCAGUAAUGCAUUUUUUGAACGCAUGCCCAACUGAUAGAAUCUCUGCUAGGCUACCUACAUUCGGUAUCACGAAUACACUUUCAGCCUAUAUCUGCAUUGUCGGUAAAUAGGGGCAAGGAAGGUAGCGCAUGGGCAGCCAGUGAGGAAUUAUUCCACAUCGCAUCACAUGCCUUACAUGGCGUCCUUAUAUUUAACGAAACGAUGCAUUUGCUCAAAUUUACUGAAUUGAGAAUAACAGUCAUUUUCGAAUUCUGCUAACCUUCUCAGUUAGGUCGCAUGGGAGGGGGAUUUUAUAUAGCCACCUUACAUUGCAAGUUCGCGGAAACGUUAUGGGUUUCGGCUCCUAUGAAUCCUGGCCAAUUCCUGCAAAUAUUGCCAUCAGCGCAAAUAUUUAUUUGCAUCCUUAACGUUUUCGGCAUGUAGGACUGAAUGUAUGAGGGAACGACCCGGAAAAGCAAUGGGAAGAUAUGCAUAUUUUAAUACAUGCUUGUCGAGAUGGAUACAUCAAUGAGAUGACCUGGGAACUCAACAUCAGACCAAAAUCACUAGAUGACUAAGGACCUUAUUCCAACUGUGUGCAGCCAUACCUCAUUCAAACACUACUUCAAACACUACUACUGAGCCAAUGUAGAACCUGCCCCUUCAGAAUUCCAUGACUUUUUUCCUUGCCUGGAUUUCAGCACAAAGUCAAAUCUACCAGGUGUGGAAUAGUUCUUUUUUUCUUUGAUACUUUUGAACUAAUAGUAAAAUGAUUUAAUGCAGAUUCAAUGUUACAUUACCUUUUUAGAUAUGUACUUCUCAGUGCAAAUUAGAAUUAUAAGACUGCUAGGGAGAGACGAUGCUUUUUUACCAAUCGCAAACUAGCCCAACCCACUUGGCACAGAUGUCAGUUCAAUGUCUAAUGUUGAUUAACAUUUGGUUGAGAUGUCAACUAAUGUGAAAUCAACCAAACAUUUCACCAUGUCAGUGGAUUUAGGUUCUAAGUUGGGUGAAAAAGACAAAAUUCCCUUACAUUGAUUACUUUUUGUUAAUCCAAACCGUUUUUCAUGUUGAUUCAACGUCAUCAGAUUACAUUUUUUUUUUUAUGAAAUGGCGCAGAAACAAUGUUAAUGCAACCAAUCUUUGCCCAGUGGGAAGCACUGUACUUUAAAAAGCUUCUACGUCUUUCUGUCUUUAUUCAAACCACACUGCACGACAUGGUACAAGUUAAGAAAGAGGGCUGUUAGUAGUAUUUGUGGACGUGGUCUCUCAACUUUGACAGAGAAGUUUAGACUUGAGGUAUGUAAGACAGCUGCUUCUCACAAUCAUCUGAGAAGAUAUUAUAAAUCAUCACCAUACUCGGUUCACAGCAGAGCAGACUUUCAUAGGCCCUGUACCUUUUGCACCAUAGUUUGUUUAUGUUUAUAUCCAUUGGUUAUUGCAGGUAUUCGAAAGGCACACUUGAUUUACCUUGCCCAGUGAAGAUACACAUUUGGAGCCAUUUUAUCGGCCCCUAGUUGAAUCUCUGCCUACUCUGCAAACCGGGCGAGCUAAUCUAGUGUGCCCAUUCACAAAUUGCCUCAACACACUUCUCACACUGCACGAGCCACAACAAAAAUGUUUGCCAAACAGUUCAUUGAACGUGACAAGAGAAUGUAAAAGCUAUUGUUUAACAUUGUUGGCCCCAUCGUACUGUAUAAGGCAAGGACAGACACUUACAAACAAUCUCAAACUUGUGUCAUCAUUCCUCUCUUCCUCUUAUUCACUGGAAAGAGUCAUUCUGAUUAAAUAAGGAAUUCAUAGAUUUAUUGAGUUUAAUUUUUGUUUUUUUACGUAUCUUUAUAGGACAGAGUAUGCCAUCUGCACCUUUCCACAGAAUUCUACGACCCCUUCUAGUUGGCACCUUCCUACUGGGCUGUUUUGUGACUCUGUUUUUGAUGUACUUUAAACCGUCUACUAGCUGGCUAUCAGGUCCCGUAGAGUCAACAGCAUCCACAAUCCGAGUUAAAAACCUCUUCUCCGCCAAGAGUGACAAAAACCUGACCACUGUACUCAUCUGGCUCUGGCCCUUUGGACAGACCUAUGACCUGGGUGUCUGCAGCUCUCUGUUCAACAUUGAAGGCUGUUUCAUCACAGCAGAUCGGAACCUAUAUAAUAAGUCAGAUGGUGUCGUCAUACAUCACAGGGAUAUCUGUACUGAUCUCUCCAACCUGCCCCCCCUUCAGCGUCCCUCCUUCCAAAAGUGGAUAUGGAUGAAUCUAGAGUCACCAUCUCACUCCUCUCAGCUGCCCGGUAUCGAAAACCUGUUCAAUUUAACUCUGAACUAUCGCCAGGAUGCUGAUAUCGAAGUGCCUUAUGGGUCGAUCGUGACGGCCCAAGGGGACGAGGAUUUCGUGCCUCCGAGCAAAAGCAAAUUGAUCUGCUGGAUUGUCAGCAACUGGAACCCGGAUCAUGUGCGAGUGAAGUACUACAACGAGCUAUACAAACACAUUGAGGUUCGCGCUUACGGACAAGCCUUUGGGGAGUACAUUGCGGAUCAAGACUACUUUCCUACCAUCGCCAGUUGUAAAUUCUACUUGGCAUUUGAGAACUCAAUUCACAAAGACUACAUCACAGAGAAACUGUAUAACCCACUCUCUGUAGGGACGGUGCCUGUGGUUUUAGGCCCGCCAAGACAGAACUAUGAGAACUUUGUCCAGGGGGAUGCUUUUAUCCAUGUGGAUGACUUCACCUCUCCCAAAGAGUUGGCUGACUAUCUCCUGCUCUUGGACAAAAAUGAGGAAAUGUACCUCAGGUACUUUGAGUGGCGACGGCACUUUAAGGUGAAAAAGGCAUACUUCUGGGCCGAACACACAUGCCUCGCUUGUGAUUAUCUCAGAAGGCACAAAGAGUACAAGGCAUUCAAUAACCUCGAUAAAUGGUAUUGGGGUGGAACACCUUGAAGGCCCAAGAAAUUGUUGUUUUGCUGUUGGAGGCAUUGCUUGAAAAAUAUCUUUAGUCAUGGACAAUGCUUCAACAUGUUUUUCUCAGUGGUUACAGGGGCCCAAAUUAGCCAUUCCCUUUUUUUAUUUUGUUACCAGCCAGAUUUGCUCAGCCUUACUUUUGUCUAUUGCAUUUUCAUUCAAUCAUGUAUUUAUGUUGUAGUCAUUUGCAAUGCAUUUAAUAUUUGUUUUAUAAAAUAACACUUUUAUAUUUAAUCUCUGAACGUGACCACAUUUGCUGCUAUGUGUUUUUUUAUGAUGUACUGUAACUUGGGAAUCAAGCUGACAUGCCACAUCUUUCAUCUGGCAGUAUACACAAUAUUGUGGUGUUGAAAUUGUAGUUUUUGUAAUUGUAACUAGUAUUUUUUUUUCCUUUUUUUCUGUGGAAUGUUCAUGUUGAAUUUGUUGUCCUCAGGGCACUAUUGAAAAUGAGUCACUGGUCUCAAUGGGCUCCCAAGAUUAAAUGAAAGUUAAAUAAAUAAAAAAUAAAAAAUUCAGUAAGUAAUUGAAGAAAUAGUUGUUUCAAUUAAAAUAUUUAUGUACUAUUUAUUGAAUUGCGACAGUGUAUGAUAAAAUACCAUCUAAAAUUCGUGAUACAGUCAUCUAUGCAGUGUUUACUGAACUUCAAAUGUAAAAGUAGUUCAGUUUUGUUAUCUACUGUAUAUUGUACAUGUGUGUUUUUGAGAAAUCACCCUCAAUUUAUUUUUGCAAGGUUGCAUUUGCAAAACAAAUGGAUAGUCAUCUUUGAUCGUGUAUGUACAGUAACACAUUGUAGAAAGAAGGAAAGAUAACAAAAAAAUACUGACAAAGUGUGUCAGGGGAGAAUAGUGAACUUAUUAUGCUAAUAGUGGUUUCUUAGUGGGCAUUAUCACAUUAAAUGCAUUGCAGUUCUUUAAAAUGCCCCAAGCUCAGUUUUCAUACCAUGCUGUGUAAAUGCUAAUUUUGUCAACAUUUUCUCCACUGAACAAUGCAUCUAAACAGCUCUCAGCAUGAUGGUUGAAUCGGUAACACUUUAUUUGAACUGUACAUAAUAAGAGUCAUAAUAUAACAAACAUUUCUGAAGUAGUUAUAACAAGUGUUAUGAGAACAGUUAAUGCCACUUGCAAUUUUCAGUUGUUGACACCUAUCAAGACUACAUAAAUGUGUCAUAACCAUGAGAAAUGUUGUGACAGUUUUUCCUAAAGGGUAACACUACCUUAAUGAAGUAAACUAUUCACAAUUUCAUUAGUUUAAUAUUGUCAUAACAUUAUCCUACCAGCCACUAACCUUUCAUUACAUUUUUUCUAUAAUCUAUGAUAUUGGCCUAUUACACUUAGCGCCAUUUAGCACUUUCAUCAAGUCUAAGCACUUCACAUUUCCAGUAAAAGCUCUCUGACCUCAUCCACCUGCAAUGUGUAACACCCAUCUGGAUCAUGCACAGCAGCAGUGGAGAGAUAAGACGUGAAUGUGCCAAUUGGAAUUAGGGUAUGAUUAGGUGCUGGGAUAUAACGCGUAUUAAUGAUCACUUUACUGUAACUGCAGAUACCUUACAUAAUUAUAUCAUAAUUCACCAAAAUAAACAUAAGGAGUGUCAUUUUAUUAAAUUUUUUACACUUCUGUUUAUAACACAAUGCCAGGUUACCUACACUACAGCUAACCAUUUUAGCCUUGAUGUGUAAGUGACAAACUUAUGUUAAUAAUACCUGUCAGUAUGUCAUGUUUACGACAAUAUUAUGAUGCUGGUAUGUUGUAGCUACAGUUCAAAUACAGUGUAGGGACACUUUCUUUGAAGGUUGAAUACAUGAAGCAUUCUUAUCAGCACAUAUAAACUAUUCAUAACACACCCAUGAAAUCAGUAACAUCAAAGACCUUAAGAAUACAUUCAAUAAGCAUACAGUAAUAUUAUUUGUCAUUAGUGACGUUUAAAUGUGAAAAUAAAAGUCCUAUGAACCGACAGAUUUUGGGCAGAACAAAAAAACAAUUUAUUCCCUUAUGUUACUUUAUUGGUUCUGAAAUACUGUUUAUUUUUGUACUAUUUCCAUUUUGUGUAUCACUAUGCAUGUUGUGUUAUCAUUGAUACUUUUAGGUUACUUUUAAAUUAAUUUCCAAAAUGUAUAGCCAGAUAGAUUCACACAAUCUAUAGAUUGUAUGAAAACUUGUCACAAUGACCAUCAAAGAUAUGAACCACAGAGUUAGACUGACCGGUCAACCGAAUGGGCAAUAUAACUUCUGUAGACUACAUUUAAAUUGUAUUUUAUUUUAUUUAACCUUUAUUUAAAUCAAACAUAACUGUUGCUUACAUGUUCUAAAAAUACAUCAGAUAUUUAUAGUAUCUGGCUAUAUGGUUGGAAAACACAUGUAACAUGCAAUCAAUGUUAAUUAAGGUAAUAAUAAUAAAUGUUUGAGAAGGUGAAUUUAAAAGUUAAGGACAUUUCAGUGUUCCGAACUACCUCCAUUCCUGACAUUUUCGUAUCUCUGUGUUCCUACUGUAGAUGCUUUAUGAAUGAAUACACUAUGAAGAACUUUAUAAAUGUUACUUACACCUUCAUGGAUGUGUUAUGAAUUUGUAUUAUUAUGUUGUUGUGAAUGCUUUAUGUAUCAGUAACGAACUUCCCUGUGCUUGCCUAGCUGUGCCACUUCCACCUGCUCCAGCACACCCCGAGACCAUAACCUUGGACCUCUGCCUCGCAAACACACGUGCUCGCCCUCUUGAAACACAUUUAAUUAGCUGCGCCACCAAAAAGGUACCAAUGCAAUGGUGCAGGUGGUGGUUUCAAGCUCGAUUCAGUCCGUAUAGCGGAGGAGCCGCGGUAUAGAGCGAUUGAAAUUUAAAGGUAAUUUUCCGAUUGAGCUAACAUAUGCAGCAGCGUCUGUCGUGAAUGCAGUCUCCGCAAACACGGGAACGUUGCAUUUCAAUUAUAAUCGCACUAUACCGGGGAUAUUCUGCUAUACAGAUUGAAUCAAAACCUUUGUUUAACCAAUUCAAUUUGGUUAUAUAUGUAACCUUCAAAGAAAGUAACCUAAAUAGUUGCUGUUGAGUCUUAACGCAAAACGUAUGUAAGACUUUCAAAAUAUAUUUUAUGCAAGAUUAGUUUGUACCUGGUGAAAAUACUCAACUUUCAGGUUGUUUUCAUUUUGUUGUAUUUACUGUGAGUGGGACCAUUAGUGUAAAGAGGAUGAUUAUAAAUAUUUGUUAUAUAGACAAUAAAAAAAACAAUCAGUCUAUGUGUAUAAACUGAAAGGUUAUUUUAAUAAGGUGGUGUAAGGGACAAGGACACAACAUAAAGCAUGUCGCCCGUGUGCAGCGGGCAGCCGCCCUAUAGCCUCUGACCACAGGACAUCGGCUGUCAUUUUCUUUCCAAACGAUUCUUCAUGUUGAAACGUCAACUUUCGUUGACACCCAGAAGAUCUACUGCACACGACUGACGUUCGUAAUGAUGUGUCCCAUCCUCAAAACUAGUACACUGACAUGUAGACGAGCAGAAUUCUGUAACUUUCUUUUUAAAAACACCCCACAGCUCUACCAUUAAUUAAAUAACGUAGAAAGAUUUUAGAACAACAGUCUUCAACAGUCUUGAUUGAAUGGCAUUUUUUCUCCCACUGUUCCAGGCUGUGAUUGGUUGAUACUGCCCGGGACAUAGCCUAGUUCCAAAUACUGAAUCAGCCCAGCGCCAGCGGUGCAUUAUAGCCUUCUGCCAGUCAAGGGAGAGCUGCACAGACCAUAGCUAAGUCAAUCAGUCUACCUACCGUAGAUAAUAUUGUGGGCAGCUGUAAUAUCUAGGCUAACCUUGGUUGGACUGUAUUUAUACUCACACUAAAUUAGCUAGCUACUAAUGGACUAGCUAAGCUUUGAUAACAAAUUGCUAACACACAUUUUCACCAGCUGCACAAAGUGAGUAGUGUCCUGUGAGUAGACCAACUCUGCUUUGACAACAACAGCUAGCUAGCUAGCUAGUUGAUUAAUUUGCUGAGGUAGGUAAUAAUACCUAUAUUGCUAGUCUAAAAAACAACAGCACAUAGCCUAUUAGGGUCAGCAAACCAUAACAUUUUUACAGCCACAGCCAAAGAUUUCAGCUAAUAAAAAGCUUGCCUUCAGCUCAGCCACUGGCAUUGUCUUGCUUUGAUCUUCUGGCUAUGUCAACUAAUCCUAUUCUCAAAUUAUGAAAUAAAAUGCAUUCAAUCAAGACCGUCAAAUGGCAUUCUAAACACUUUUGAAUAAUGUGUAUAUAUUUUUAAUGUUUCAGUCUCGUUUUAACUUUCAAGUGUUGCCAGCUUUGAAUAAUGAUUUGUGCUUCAAAGCAGCUUUAUGAAUGAGGGGUAAAGAAAAGAGACACUUAUACCGGAGAGCCAGCGUUGAAGACAACAGUAAUACUGUUUUGGAAAGGCCGUUUUUCUUCAAGUGAGGCAAUUAUACAAAAGAGAAUGCAGACAGUUUUUCUUUUAUCCUGUUGACAUGACCUAAUUUCAACCCUCCUGUUGACAUUUUGCAGCGAUAUAUCUUUUAUUCACACAUAAAUGUAUGACUCAUUGGCUGUCUCAAAUGGAGCUAUUGUGAGUUCAUGAACUGUCCCAGAAUAUGACUAUGAAACUUCCAGGUAUGGUUUCAUAUUGUACAGUUUCACUUCAUGUAUGAAACAGAGGUUUCUUGUUAAGUGUGAUCUGUUGCAACAGGUUUGUUCUCUUGUUGUCUGAACUUUCUUUGUUCUUUGCACAAACAUGUCAAUUCUUUUUUUCUGUGAGUAAGUACAUUAGGAGAGUGGCUUAGGAUGUGUUUUUUAUUCGAGUUGGUGCAAAGUUGGUGUCCAUGGACAUUAUCUCGGCAUGAAGUGCAUUCUUCAUGUUUUGCUGAAUCUUAAUUGGGCAAUGACGUUUCUGCCAGUUUACUGAAAGAGAUGUUGAAUCGAUCAUUGUUAGGUUUUUGCCAAAUCAUUGUAUUUUGCCAAUGUGUAUAACUGUAGAUGUCUGGUAUUGUCAAGAAAAUAAAGACAUUUAAAAAAGAG